AAUGCCAUAUUUUUUUUAGGCGAAAUGUACUUCAGAUUACCAGUGGAUUAGGCGAAGCAGGUGAAGUAAGGUGGCCGUUAGCAGGAACGUUAGCAUUAGCAUGGGUUCUUUGCUACUUCUGCAUUUGGAAGGGAGUAAAAUGGACUGGAAAGGUUGUUUACUUCACUGCCCUAUUUCCAUACUUAUUGCUUUUCAUUUUACUCAUCAGAGGGUUAACUCUCCCUGGUGCUGGGGCUGGUAUUUGGUUUUACAUUAUGCCUAAUAUGGAGAAAUUGAAGGAUUCUCAGGUAUGGAUUGAUGCAGCAACACAAAUUUUCUUCUCUUAUGGUCUUGGAUUGGGAUCUCUAAUUGCAUUAGGCAGCUACAAUAAGUAUUCUAAUAACGUUUACAGGGAUUCUUUGAUAGUAUCCUGCAUUAACAGUGGUACAUCAAUGUUUGCUGGUUUUGUCAUUUUCUCUGUAGUUGGAUUCAUGGCACACGAACAAAACAAACCUGUCAGUGAGGUAGCUGCUUCAGGUCCUGGUUUAGCAUUCUUAGCAUAUCCUUCUGCUGUUUUGAAAUUACCAAUAUCACCAUUAUGGGCUGUGCUCUUUUUCUUAAUGAUAUUAAUGCUGGGUCUUGACAGUCAGUUUUGUACGAUGGAAGGUUUUAUUACUGCAGUUGUUGAUGAGUGGCCAAGACAAUUAAGACCUCAUAAAGAACUGUUCAUAGCUUUUGUUUGCGUUGUAUCCUACAUCAUGGGACUUUGUUUUGUUACGCAAGGUGGAAUGUAUGUGUUCCAGUUAUUUGAUUACUAUGCUGCGAGCGGGAUCUCACUACUUUUCUUAAUAUUUUUCGAAGUAACCUCCAUCUCUUGGUCAUAUGGCGUCAACCGUUAUUAUGAUAAUCUUCGUGAUAUGUUAGGCUAUUAUCCUUGCUUCUGGUGGAAACUGUGUUGGGUGUUUUUCACACCUUGCGUCUGUGGGGGAGUAUUUCUGUUCAGUAUAGUGCAGUACAAACCUCUAAAGUAUAUAUCUUAUGAAUAUCCAUGGUGGGGCGAAGCUAUUGGAUGGUUGCUGGGAUUAUCUUCCAUGCUAUGUAUACCUGCUUAUGCUAUUUACAAGUACUGUACUGUGACUGGCACAUUCAGAGAGCGGAUGAAAGCCCUCUGUCGACCUGAUAUAAAUAUUCAAGAAGAAAUACGAGAAAGAAAAAUCCGAGAACAAGCAAUGAGUGCAGUAACAUCCGUAUAAGGGUUUUCAAAGCGAUGACUAAUGAGCAAGUCUGUGCUCUUCUGCUGCAAUCCGUUCACCUACACUAUUUUUUUCUCAUGCAUGUGCAGCAAUACACACCAUCUGCAAAGUCUCCCUUACGUGACAUUAGAAAUUAAAAUUGAAACAUCGUUAAAGAUAAAUAACGUGUUUUAUUUUUGGGUGAUAAGGUUAGACUUGAAGCCCUUAAAUGCAAGUCAAAUGCAUUUCAUAAUAAUUAAAGUAACGUUUGCUGAUCAGACUUCAUAUGUACAGUCAUUAAUAGAAGCAUUUUUAGCGCAAGAUUUUACAUACUAUGCCAUAUAUUUUUUUCAUGGUUCGAAAUGUUAUCCUUGACCAGCUAUUACCUACCAAAUGACUUUCGAAAUUUAUUACCUCUUCAUGAAAUGAGCAUUUUAAAGUCAAAGAAAAGUUCAAAGAUUUCUCCAAUAUUUUCAUAUCUCGACCAUUGUAAAUAUUGUAAUCAAAAUUGCUUCUGUGUAUAAAUGUGGCUGUUAGAAUCUAGUAACAUUAUGUCAUCUUCUCUCAUUGUAGACUUAGUCGAUAUGAAUUUUAAAGAAUCUCUUAUGUCAAUUAACAUUAUUUAUUUACAUUUCAUUUCACAUUUUAAUUUUUUGAACUAUAAUCAUAUAUUUGAUUCAAGAAUUUUAAAACUGUUUACUUUUAAAUUGUUUUAUUCAGUUUCGAAAUAUAAGGAAAUGUUGGGUUAAAAUUUUAUAAAUGACUUUUUUUUUCAAGUUAACUUAUGUUUCAGUUUUAUAAUUAUAUUACUUUUGUAAAUGAGUUGUAAUUUUUCUGUUCAAUUUUUUUCAAACUAAAUUAUUCUUUGACUGAAAUCGAUUUCGAUCAAAUUUUUUCAUUCAUUCAACUCACAUUAUAUUAUCUACAAGUAAUAUUUUUCCAUUUCUUCAUGUAAAUUGAAAAAUAAUAACUUAUUUAAUUUUUUUUCAAUGUAAACUCAAAUUAAAAUAAACUUCUGAAAACUUAGAAAUCUUAUAAACUGGUUUCAAGGUUUAGUAGUAUUGCAGUUGUUUCCGGAAUUAGAAAUGAGCUAGUGCACAUGGGUAUCACAAAUAUCUCCGAGCAACCAGAAAAAAGUACUUAAAGUUUGUGAAAAAUGUAAUGAAUAUAAAGUGAAUGAAUAUUGUGAUUGAUUAUAAAUUCAGUUUCUAUUGUUUCAAAUUACAAUUGUCAUGUAAAAUUAAACAUUUGAACCAAAAAAAUUCAUCAAAAUAGGUGCGAAUAAUAACGAUUUAAUUAAAAUCUAUGAAAUCAAAUUCAUUUUUCUUGACAAAUUAAACUUGUUUUUCAUAUUUAAAGCAAUUUAAAUUUUCGUUCUUUGCGUUUCAUAGUAUACAAUUUAUAUAGCAAAAUUAGUCUAUUUUUAGAAAUUUUCAGUGUUUUCAAAUUAAUAAUGGUUUAAACAUUUGCCACAGACAGUUGAUGUGAAAAACACUGCUAUUGUUUGCGCUUGCUUGCUAAGACAGAAAACGUGUGUAUAAAAUGUUUAUACAGCAGAGCAUUGUAUGGUAACUAGUACACUGAAAAAAAAUUCUAGAUCAAAUUACGGUAAAAAAUAUGGGCACUGAGUGUGCAAGUAUUUUUUACCGUAAAGUUUAUUUUUACUGUAAAAAUUUACGGAACAGAAAAUCUGAUGUAUCGUAAUUUUUACAGUAUUAUUUACGGUAAAAUCACUGAAUUACUGUAACUAAAUAAAUAUUACUGUAAUUUUAUGGUAAAAAUAGACUUAACGGUAAAAUGGCUUUUACGGAUGUUGCAUUGAGGGUGCCAGAACUUUUUACUGUAAUUUGACCCGGAAUUUUUUACAGUAUAUUUAUGAAAGAAAUGAUUCAUUUUAAGUUUAUCUUGAAAUUGACGCAGCGUUGUGCCUUUGGCGAGACGUUGCAGCUAGAACCAAAUCAAAUGAUAAGUACAAGCCGAUGUCUCAAUUCAUCACUUACAUCAAUUACUCAGGAAUGACGCUAAAUACAACAGAAGACGGGGAAAAUAGCUUUAUUUUCGAUUUCUUAAGCGUCAAUAAGACAUCUCAUUUGUUUUAUUGAAAUUUCCUGUAUCAUUUUUAUUGUUUAUUUGAAGUAUAAUGUACAUUGCUGUACAUAUGUAACACUUAUGCUUAUUAUAUAUGUGGCAUAAUUAUGCAUUCGCGAUGUUUAAAAGAUAUUAAAAAGAUAGAUGUGCAAUAUUAUCAUAUUCAUUUUAAAUAAUUAGCUUUUAAAAUAUUGCAAAAAACUCAAUUAUGAAACCAGCUGCAUUUCAAGAAAGUGUUAGUGCUAUAAAGAAGUUUGUAGUUAAACUAAUUUCUUGAAAACAUAGUGUCCUUCAUAAUUCCGAAAUCUGUAAUUUUUUUAGAGAAAAAUAGAAAGUAUUUCAGUAAAUAUUAUUUUAUUUGGUAUAUAUCUCAUUCAAAUUUGUAAUACUGGUUUGGCAUGCAGCAAAUUGACGGCAAAAAUAAGUAAGAAAUAAAAAUGCAAAUGCUUUUUUUUUAAAUUGCACUACCUCAUAUUUUCAAAUAUUGUCAUAUAAUGUACAAUAUUUUCAAUGUUUGUUUAUAUUUAUGUCUACUUUUUAUUGAAGGGGAUGUGUAACUAAACAUUUAGCAAAAUAAAAUUCACUUAAAAUUACUGGAUUACAUAAAGCAAAGAUUAUUUUUUUAUUUUACUUACAUAUUAAAAUGUUAAAAGCUCUUUUUAUUUAAGGAAUUUUUAAAAAUGUGAUUAUUUUCCAAACAUUGUGUGAUUUAGUUCGCAUUAAAAUUGUUAUAACCCUA